AUGGCGUACAUCAUCUCCGUGAAUAGCAAUAUCACGUCCGAGACCGGCGGUACCUGCGUCUGCCCACCCGAGAGCAUGGAUGACUUCUGUGCCACUAAUUCCGAGUACCUGCUCUGCGUGCAAGAGAUCAAGCGCGACAUCGUCACGGCAACUGCAGCCAUCGCCGCGCUCUCCACCUUCUGCAUGGGUUUCUUCGCCAAUCUGCCCAUUGCGCUUGCACCGGGUAUGGGCCUGAACGCGUACUUCGCCUACACCGUCGUCGGGUAUCAUGGGAACGGCCUGAUUCCGUACUCGGUCGCGCUGACGGCGGUCUUCGUCGAGGGCUGGGUAUUCUUCGGGUUGACACUCCUCGGUAUGCGGCAGUGGCUUGCGCGUGCGUUACCUGCGUCCAUUAAGCUUGCCACUGGCGUGGGUAUUGGACUGUACCUUGCGCUCAUUGGGUUGACGUAUAGUGCGGGUAUUGGGUUGGUGCAAGGUGCUUCGGAUACCCCCAUUGAAUUGGCGGGUUGUAUUAACUCCGACGAGUAUAUGACGGACGGGCUGUGCAAGAGCAGUUCGAAGAUGCGCAAUCCAACCAUGUGGGUUGGUAUUUUCUGCGGUGGUAUUUUCACGGCUAUGCUCAUGAUGUAUCGCAUCAAGGGUGCUGUCAUUGCUGGCAUCUUGCUGGUCUCGAUCAUCUCUUGGCCUCGUACCACGCCUGUGACAUAUUUCCCCUACACUGAGCUUGGGACCAGCAUGUUCGACUUCUUCAAAAAGGUCGUGACCUUCCACCCUAUUUCCCGAACCCUGCUUGCGCAGGAGUGGGAUAUCUCUGGUCAUGGUGGUCAGUUCGGAUUGGCCUUUAUCACUUUCCUGGUUUGUUCAACCCCAUCGCCAACCUGGAGUCAUUUGUUAACACAGUCUUAG